AUGUCCUUUGAUAUUAAUUCUGAAGAAACGCAAAAAAAUAUCCCAACAAAUUCAAUACCCAUAAAAUCCGAAAAGCCCAUUGAUUUAUUAGAAGAAAGUAAAAAUGAAAAAAAAUUCGAAAAAUGGCGAAAAAGUUUAAUGUAUAUUACAGGUUUAGGUUUAUCAGAAAAAGAAAAGACUGAAUACAAAAUAGAAUUAGAAAGAAAAAUAAGUGAUUAUCAGCAUAAAAAGUGUGAAAAAUGGCGGGAUGACUUAAUGAAAAGUAGCGCAAUUGUAGUUUUUAUGCUAAAAAAUUUAGAGGACGCAGGAUGUAAACCAGAUAAAAAACAUUUUAAAUGCCUACCAUGUGAUAAUACGCGAAGCGGAGGAUUUUCUCCUGAUCACGGUAUAAUGCUGUGUCAAAACCGAUUUUAUAGUAAACGUCAUAUAGAAGAUACAAUGGUACACGAAAUGAUACAUUUGUACGAUCACUGUCGAUUUAAAGUGGAUUGGAAUAGUUGUUACCACCAUGCGUGUAGUGAGGUUCGAGCUGCAGCUUUGAGUGGUGACUGUAAAUGGUCGCGUGAAAUUAAACGUGGAUUUUUUAACUUUACGAAACAACAUCAGGCUUGUGCAAAGAGACGUGCUAUACUUUCUGUUCAGAAGAACGCGUCUUGUUCAGCUCCCGGUGUAGCAGAAAAAGUGGUUAAUGAAGUUUUUGAAA